CGCUGUGUUGUGGACUCUUCAGGGUUUUACUGCUGCUGUGAUGUUGAAGGUGAAAGGUCAGUCUGUGUAACGUGUCAGCAGACUGUCACUUCACCCGACCGGCUGUCACUGUGACACACAACCUUUCAUUACCCUAGCUGAUCUUUUAAUCCCGGUUAAAAAUGGCCAAGAAGCGGAGAGAAAGACGAGAAAGCGAGGGUCUGUCCUCCUCGGCUCAGGAGGAGGUGAAGGCGGAUGCUAGUGAAGGAGUGAAAGAGGCUCAGCAUACUGAAGGGGGCUCCGCACGCUGGUCUCUCCUGAUUCUGGUGUCUAUCUUCACCUGCUCUGCCUCAGUCAUGUACCUGGUCUACAGGAACUUCCCAGAGCUUCCUGAUGAUGAAAUGGAGAAAAUUAAGAUCCCUAAAGACAUGGAUGAUGCCAAAGCUUUGGGAACUGUGCUGUCCAAAUACAAAGACACCUACUACUCCCAAGUGUUGGUGGCCUACUUCGCAACAUAUAUUUUCCUCCAGACAUUUGCGAUCCCUGGAUCCAUCUUCCUCAGCAUCCUGUCUGGAUAUCUUUACCCUUUCCCCUUGGCUCUGUUCUUAGUCUGCCUGUGCUCUGGCCUUGGUGCUUCCUUUUGCUACAUGCUAUCAUAUCAAGUGGGCAGACCCAUUGUCUACAAAUAUCUCACAGAGAGAGCACAGAAAUGGUCCCAGCAGGUUGACAAACAUAGAGAUCAUUUAAUCAAUUACAUCAUCUUCCUGAGGAUAACCCCCUUUCUACCCAACUGGUUCAUCAACAUCACCUCACCUGUCAUCAAUGUGCCUUUGGGGAUUUUCUUCAUCGGUACCUUUCUCGGAGUGGCACCGCCAUCCUUUGUAGCGAUCAACGCGGGUACGACACUGUACAAACUGACCACAGCUGGCGAGGCCGUGUCCUGGAACUCUCUGGCUGUGCUCGGCGUACUCGCCGUGCUCUCGAUCUUGCCCGUCUGCUUCCAGAAAAAGCUGCAGAAGAAACUAGAGUAGAACAUUAAACACCUCAGCACCUCAUCUGCUGGCUGAUCCCGGCGUCCCCCUCCCCUCGGCUCAGGAACGUGCAGCUGUCCCUCAAGUUGCUCUGCCUCUGUCUCAUACGUCAGCUGCUGGUGGGAGAAUCUCUGACCACAACAAGCGCUCAUUGACCACAAAAUGCAUGCAGUGGUGGGUGGUUCCUGAUGUUAAGUGUAAACUGGCCGCUGCUUGCACAAGUUUUUCGGUUUCUGUGAAUUUUAUUGUCGAUUUGUGCAUUUCUUGUAAAUAAGAGAUUUGUUUUGGUUUUUAUUUAAGGCACUGCUCAUUAUUUUAUGAUUUUGCCAGACAAUUAAAGAUGCUACUUGUAGGAUGUUGGAGUAAUACUCAUCAUUGUGAUAGUUUUCAUGGGGAAAAGGGUUUCUCUUUUCUUGCUAGAAACUGCUAAAAACGAUGUAAUCAGUACCUCGUUGAGGCUGUUGUUUUAUUACUGGAACAACUUUUACUAGUACAUUUGCUUUUGACAGUAGCAUAUCAAUUUCUACAUCCUGUUUGUAGCACCUUUAACUUCCACGCCCUUUUUUGAUAUUUAUUUUAACAUGCUUGUGUCUAACUUCAACCGAAUGAAGUGUACCACCACAGCAAUAACUGUCACACUACUGUUGAAAGUGGAUUUUUAAAAAAGUAAGUUUUGAUACCUGGUGCUUGCCUCGGCAAACAUAUGCAGUGUGGAAAGAAUGAAACUGCGGAGAAGAAAAGUGGGAUGACUGAUCUUGUUGACAUGUGGGUGAGUUCCUGUGUUCUUCCUUGAAAGGUGCCUGGAUCCACUGCCACACACACUUUCACCCACUUUUGCUCAUACUAGUAGCCACUAUAACUUGUGAAGAACAGACUAAGCUGAUGUAAUAUUUCCUCACAGCACAUCCACGUUGCAGGAUGCCGAACAAAUUUUGUAUUUUAUGUUAAGAAGCGAGCAUAGAUGUCAAGACAACUGAUUUAUGUGGUAAAAAGUACUGUAUGCAACCCAGAAAAGUUAAUGAAAAGCCAAACAGACUCCUCUUGGUUUGUAAAUUUGAAAAGGGUGAGAUGGGUUCUCCUAAAGUUUUGCAUAUGGUUAUGAUAAUGCACCUCUAGGUGUGUCCCUCUCCACCCAGUGAUAUUGUUUGGUAUGCCAGUAUAGAAAUGGAGAUGAUGUGGAUGAUACACCAGUGCCCUCAAUAAGACUGCCAACGGACUGAGGUAUCCAAGCCUUAGCUAGCUUUUUACUGCUUCCAUUCUUCACCAGGUGAAAUCUAAUACGAUGCCUGAUUUAUGUUUUUAGUCUUUAAAUUGUUUUGAAUGUCUAAUUUUUGUGUCCCGUCCUCUAAAAGCUAACUGAAUUUUUCAUUUAGAUGUUUUUAAUUUUUUGCCUGAAGGUAACUUAUUGCUGCUGCUUAAAAGCAUUCUGGACAGUUACUGGAGACAUUGAUGCAGUGAAUGUACAUGCAGGUAACUUAUUCAACACACUUUUCUUUAAUCUCUUAAAAGGUCUCAUUCAUAGAGGCAGUUGGUUUGGUGCAUUUUGCGAUUUCUUGUUUUUACUUUAUUGUCUUAUUAUUCAGCAGCUUCACUGUGUACUGCUGUAAUAUUAUUAACCUCUCAAACCCAGAUACAUAAACAUCCAUUUAUGUGAAACUUAAACUGUUCUGCUGUAUGGGGAUACUUAUGUCUUAGCAUUUUCUGCUUUCAUACUGUUUGUAGCAGGACGCUACUUCGUUCAAAGACUGUUGGGUUGUUUUUAUGAUUCUUACUGGUUUAUGUGAGAACUGCAUUCGUACAACUGGGGUUGACUUGUCUUGGAAAAUAUAUCUUCACUAAGGUGGUUGAAUCAAGUGCUAAAUAAUAUAAAUUGCUCCUAAAAUCUUAUUUUUUGUCUUAAUACUUAAGCUUGAUUAACUUCUUGGAAUUUCUCGAUAAUUCUAAAUUUGACAAAACAUAAAAAAUGAUAGAUUUCAUUGAUUUCUUUUUCUCUAAUUGUUACAAUAUUUACACCUAAACUUAUUCUAAUCUUCACGCUACACAUAUACUCAAAUUGGAUAUAUUCUUGCUGUUUUUUGUCCUAUUACCCUAUCAAAGAUAAUUUGUGUAGUCCUCUGUUAACAUUUCAAAAAGCAGUAUUAUUUUGUACUGAGCAGUGAUGUAUUGCAGUAUGAAGUGUUUACAGAUUGCACAUGUCUGUCCUAUCUAAUCAAAUUUGUUUUUGUUUUUUUUAUAUUUAUUGAAUUAUUAAAAUUAUCUUUACAGAA